GUUCUUCUCUCUCCUCUUCCUCCUCCUCCUCCCUCCCUCGUUCUUGGUGUCUAUGGCUGCUGGUAUGGGCAUGUGAGCCUGCCUAAAGACUUUUGCAUGCGCAGCCUGUCUCAUUUUUAUUCACAUUCAAAGAAAAGGAACCGCACGUCCUAUCAGAGCCUAACGGAACUGUCCGACAACCAGGUGGCCAUGGACAUGGAGAGAAGCAAGUCGCCCACCUCAGGUCCCUACCCAAGCUCCCUUCACUAUGUACCUCGUUCCAUGCCUGAGCCCGUGGGCAGUCUGAGAGCCAACCACUGCAGUCCAGUCUUUUACUUACUGGACAAUGAUCAUGUCAAUGGACAUUGCACUAGCCCCACCUCGCAGCCAUACUCCGUGGGGAAGUCUCGCAUUCCAGGGGCUCCCGAGGGCCCGAGGCUCACCCGGAGAGGGCCCGGCCGACCACCCUUCCGCAAGGCCCAGUCCGCCGCUUGCAUGGAGAUCUCUUUGCCUGUUUCCUCCAUCACGGAAGAAAACAGAGAGAAUUCGUUCGGCCGCUCGCGAAGCUCCAGUGUGUCCAGCAUAGACCGCGACACCAAGGAAGCAGUGACCACGCUGCAGUUUGGAGAGUCCUACGGUCGUAAAGGUGACUCCCUGCCCGCCGCCUGCCUGUGGGUGGGCACCAGCCUGGGCGUGGUCCUCCUACUGCCCAUAUCCAUCCCCACAGAGAGGGAGAGGCUGGAGGAGCCUGUCACCAUGGGGCCCAGCGGUACCAUCCUGAUGCUGAAGGGCUCAGUGCUAUCCUUUUCCUUCCUGAAUUGUGGGGGCACUCUUAUCCAAAGUCCCUACGAGGUAUGGCGGGAACCCAACGUCCCCGAGGACCCCGACGAGCCCCGCAAGCGCAAGCUGGUCAACUUAUCCCCGCUGUCUUCCCAGGAGACAUGUGGGGACGGUCACCUGGCCGUGGUGUGUUCUGAGAAACAGGCCAAGGUCAUCCUCAUGCCUACCCAGGCUGUCCUGUUCACACACAACGUCACAGAGUCUUCCUUCCUCCUGCGGGCUGACGUCGUCUCUGUCUGCAACAGCGUCUGCCUGGCCUGCUUCUGCGCCAACGGACACGUCAUGACCCUCAGUUUGCCCAGUCUUAGACUCCUAAUGGAUACUAACUACCUUCCCCUGACGGACGUGCGUAUCGCCCGCACCUUCGUCUUCACCAACGGCGGUCAGGCUCUGUACCUGACCUCUCCUACAGAGAUACAGCGCAUCGCAUACAGCCAAGAGAUGACGGACAACCUGCAGGACAUGCUGGGUGAGCUGUUCACUCCUAUAGAAACGCCAGAGGCCCAGAACAAAGGAUUCCUCAAGGGCUUCUUCGGGAGCAAUACCCAGACCUUCGACAGAGAAGAGCUGUUUGGGGAGGCAGCAGCAGGUAAGGCCUCUCGGAGCCUGGCCCAGCACAUCCCUGGUCCAAUGGGAUUGGAGAACGUGAGGGCUGCAGCCGGCGGGGUGGUGGGGGACCUGGCCCGAGCCCGCAUCGCCUUGGAGCAGAGAGGAGAGAGACUGGGAGAGCUGGAGGAACGCACCACCCUCAUGUUGAAAAGCGCAGAGACGUUCUCCACACACGCCCACCAGGUAAUGCUGAAACACAAGGACAAGAAAUGGUAUCAACUUUAAAGUAGGACAGCGGGCCACGACUGCCGAUGCUUUGCUGGGACAUGGACCAUCACUCUACAGAUGAGAGAGAGAGAGAGAAAGAGAUAGAGAGAGCAAGAGCGAGAGCGAGAAAUUACUUGUGUUUAUGGGCCUCUCUGCAGGACGUCUGUACAUCAUUGUCACAAGACUUGGACAGAGGGCGGUCACUGAGAUGGACACAGACCAGGAAGUAAGUUGGUAAGACGGGGGAACCCAGGAAGUGGAUGAUGACAGUCCAUCAGUGUGUGUGCGUGGGUUACCCAGAUCUUGCUGUGUAGAUACUCUAACGUUAUGAAACCAACAAGACUGAAUUAAACAAAAUGGAUGACUACUGAUAACAUACAACUGCCAUAUCAAAAAGCAGCAUGCUACUUUAAGAAAUACUAAAUAUAAUGUGUAUUUAAUAAUAUAAGCCAACAAAAGAAAGUGUGAUUUUUUGGGGGGGAAAUAUUUUUUGAAAUAUGAAAAAAAAUAUAUAUAAAAAUGAAAAUGUAUGCCUGUAUUGCUAUAAAGCCAAAUGUUUUUUUGUUGCCUUCUUUAUAACUCUCAUUAAGUCUUUCAACACGUAUCACUCCACACAUUCUGAACAACUAUACUUCACCAACACUCAUUUCAUUCCGUUGGGCGUUGCUACUCACAGUACUUUACCUGUUAGCUAAAACAUUUCAGCCACAUGAUGGAAAUGAAUGAACACAGAGAAUAGAUGUGUAAAGUGUGAAUGGUAAUAAGUUGUGUUGGCUGAGGGGCCGUGGUGAUAGUAGCCUGUUAUUGAAUGUGUUUAUAUUUAUAAAAAAUGAUUAUUCACGUGCCAUACAAUCGAUACUGGCCAAGCCCUUUACUUUAAAACUAGCAAAGAGUUAGUUUGUGUGGUAAUGAGGAUGUUUGCUGUAGAUGAGAUUGGGUGAGACUAACCUUUCGGUAUGUUGAUAGGUCGUCUUUCUUUGUCAACUGAGUUUCUGGUUCUUUUGACAGAAUUCUGAUAUUCUUCUUUUUUUCUGUUUUGUUUUGUUGGUGUUUUAUAUGGUUCUUCACUGGGAAAUCUUCUGCCUGUCUUCGUCGUAUCGUGUAUGAGUUUGUUUAAAGUCAGUGUGUGACUCACACACCGCCCAUGUAAAGACAAAAAAACUCUUACUCUUUCUUCAGCCCGAAAGCAAAUUCAACAUGAAUGAAGCCCACGAACGGAAGAGUGUAUCACAAACAUGUUAUUGUGGAUGGCUGGGAGCGUCUCCGGAUUGGUAAAAAAUUUUUUUUUAAUAAGAGUAGACCUAGCUAGAAGACUUGAGGUAUAGUCUGGUCCAUUUAAACACUAACUCCAAUCCAGAGCAGAGGUAUCCUUCGUUUGGUGCGUUUGCCUACUGGAUCCAGUCUAGUAGUAGCCUACCGUCGUCAGCCGUGCAGUGUCGGUCGUCAUUGGCACCGAUAGUAUACAGGCCUUCUACAGACCUUCACAUAUAAGGAAUUCAGACUUGAAUGAAUUUGAAGCAAAUAUGCUUUGUUUUACUUGUAUUUUUUAUCUUGAUGACCUUAAAUGUAACCCAUCUUACCCUUUAGUGGAUGGUGGUAGCCUCUUCUCUCCUAAAGAUUGUUCUAUGAUAUUGUGUUACUGUUGUUAUUGUUGUUGUUGUACAGGUCAAUAAAUGUACACGUAACACUGACAAUCAAAAGGUGACAUGACAACACCAUUGUCUUUUUUUUUCAGUUUCUAAGUGUUAUGUUUUGUAUUUUCAAAUAAUACACACGUCGAAAUGAUUGUUAUGACCACAAUAAUCACUCACCCUCCCUCACCGAUGCUCAAAUGUCCACCCAUGUCCAAGUAUGACCACAAUAAUCACUCACCCUCCCUCACCGAUGCUCAAAUGUCCACCUAUGUCCAAGUAUGACCACAAUAAUCACUCACUCUCCCUCACCGAUGCUCAAAUGUCCACCUAUGUCCACCUAUGUCCAAGUAUGACCACAACAAUCACUCACCCUCCCUCACCGAUGCUCAAAUGUCCACCUAUGUCCACCAAUGUCCACCUAUGUCCAACUAUGUCCACCCUGCCUUGAACCACAGAAGGAUUGUAACCAUGACCAUACAGUCACCAUUCUCCCAAUAUGUUACACAACAACAAUAUAGCUCACACACACACACACACACACACACACACACACACACACACACACACACACACACACACACACACACACACACACACACACACACACACACACACACACACACACACACACACACACACACACACACACCCAUACACAGUGUGCACACACACACACAAACAGGUUAAAACGUGCACUAGCGCUAUUCAUUUGACUCUGCUUCUUCUCAGGCUAGUGAGAUAUUCCUGAAGGAAAGACAACCUACUGUGCUGAGUGCCAGUCAGUCCCAGAGCUCAUAUCACACAGCGUUGGAUUCUAAAGCCUGCUACUACAGUAUUUGGUGGCUUUACAGGCUAAUGUAUUUGGUGGCUUUACAGGCUAAUGUAUUUGGUGGCUUUACAGGCUAAUGUAUUUGGUGGCUUUACAGGCUAAUGUGAAGGACAUUGUCCAUAACUGAGUGUGGUGGUCAUAGAAAUAUAGUCUAUAGAUUAUAUCUCAGUAUUUACUUUAAUGUCCAUUAGAUUUGUGUUUGAGCUAGUAACAGUGCAGUUAACUUCAAUGGCUGAGAAAAAUAAAAAAUAAACAGAUUCUACUGACUGACAAACAGGGUGUUUUUUAGUAUGUUUUGGGAUUUAUUAUCAACUGUACAACAACUCUAGCGUAGGUUUUUGUUUUUCUGUCGCCGUUGUGACCAACCUGUUUAAUGAAUCAUGGUACUGACCCGGAUGUAUUAUGGUUCUGUUCAAUGUCACUGGAACCGCUGGUCCAACGAAACUGUUGUUUCAAGACCAAGACAACCAUUUGGUUCUUUUCUCAAUAAUGGCAGCAAAAGUUUGUCUUGUUUAAAUGGAUUCUACCACCUGUUGAUCUUGUUGAUAUUACAGUAGGGUAUUAGAGAUGACUGAAAGAAAAAAAAAACGGAAAAUGUUUUUUUGUUGAUGCAAAUGAAACAUGGAAAUAAACAUUGAUUGAUGUACACAUCAGAUAA